AUGGGCGCUGCGGUGACUGAGAUCCGAGAUGCAGACAUCAGAGACCAGUACUACGGCCAGAGCUCCCUGGUUUCGCUCGUCCAAGAAUGCGCCCACGCCACUCCUGGACGCCAAUGGCCUCAACUGAGACAAUCUGACGACAGACCACGCACUGCGGCCUCGACUAACGCAUGUAGUAUCUCGUGCAGCGGACCUGGUCCGUCGUCUUUGCUUUCCGACGACUACUCUCUCCCCCCGCGGAAGACAGCGAACUGGCUGCUCAACACCUUCUUUACGACCUCGCAUUUGUUCUAUCCCUGGAUCCACAAGGAGUCCUUCCUUGCGUCCUAUGAACUUAUCUGGAAGAGCCAAACCAACCAGGGUGAACCGCUGGACGACUUCCUCCCCGAUGUUGGGAUAGGCGGGAGAGACUGCCCGCCAACAAUGUUCUACUGCGCACUGAAUGCCAUGUUCGCGAUCGCAUGCGAGUUUUCUAAUAUGCCGUCGCAGGAGAAGCGAGCAACCUCGCGGAUGUUUUACGAACGCAUGAAGGGGUUGAUCAGUAUCGAUAUCUUUGACAGCGGGAGUCUCGCCCAUGUCCAGGCUCUCCUGCUAGUUGCUAUGUAUCUGCAGUGUACUGCCUACCCAAAGCGAUGCUGGAAUAUUGUCGGAAUGGCGUACCGCAUGUCGAUCGGGCUUGGGCUGCAUCUCCGCCGGAAUCGUAACGAUAUGACGAGACUGGAGAGGGAGAUGCGCUGGAGGGCGUGGUGCGCUUGUGUCCAUAUGGAUAUUAUCGUCAGUAUGACCAUGGGACGGCCUGCGAUGACCCCUGUCCCUUACAACGUUCCUCUACCGUCUCCGAUCGACGACAGAUACUUAGCUGUAGAUGCGGAAGGACCGGUCGAGCAGCCGCCGGGCACGAUAUCAGGGAACCAGUUCAUGUAUGAGAAUACGAGGCUGAUUGGGAUCUUGGGGAAGACCCUGUCAACAGUCUAUCAUAGUGCCCAGUCAGGGGAGACAUCCAGGAGGGCGGAGGUGGAUUUUCAGGCUGUGCUAGAGGUUGACCGGGCACUCGAUGAAUUCGAGGAGUCGCUUCACCCGGCUUUACAAUGGCGCUCACCCAUCCAAACCCAAGACGAAUUGGGUAGCGACCCAGUUUGCACGAGGCUAUCCAAUGUCCUCCAUGCUAGAUUCCUGCAUCUGCGACUAUUGUUAUACCGACCUGCGUUUAGCGAGUACUGUGCAUCGACAAGCAGUCCAGGUGCAGGGAAUGCAAAGCCAGGCGCGCAGAGAUGGUCCAUGCUAUGCCGAGCCAACUGUGCCGCGGGCUGCGUCGAGGCGGCUUGCGACUUGAUAGAAUCGCUGUCCAGGGCGACUACACAGGAUGCGUCAGGGGCUUGGUGGUAUGGGAUAUUCUAUUUGGUCAGUGCCGGGAUCAUACUGCUUCUCGCCAAUUGCAGCGACGGGCCCCUUGAUGGAAUAGACAGGGCACGCAGAGAAUAUGCUUGGGGAAACUGCAUCGAAACCUUACAACGGAUGGUGGAGGCUCAUCCAUCAGCAAGGGACUACGAGAUUGCACUGACAGGACUGAAGCAAGCGCAGAGUCAGACGGUGCGUGCUUCGGCGACAGAGAACAGAACUGAACAGAAUGACCUUAAUGGCAUGGUGUGGGAUGACCAGAGUCAAGGACAGCCACCCGGAGUAGAUGCUUACCAUAGUGCAUUCGUCAACGCCCUUGACCCAUUGGUCAUGAACUGGGAUAAUGGCAUCGAGGAUAUCAUGCUCCCAGCUCAGUUUCUACAGGAGAUGGACGAGGGCCUUCUUUUGCCGAGCCUGUUUUGA